GAGCUCUCGCGGUCCUCCCGGCAGCGGCUGCUGCAGUCGCGGGACAGGAUGUUCUCCAAGUUCACCUCCAUCCUGCAGCACGCCGUGGAGGCGCUGGCACCUUCCCUUCCAUUACAAGAAGAUUUUGUUUACCACUGGAAGGCAAUCACUCAUUAUUACAUAGAGACAUCAGAUGACAAAGCUCCAGUGACUGAUACCAACAUUCCUUCUCACCUGGAACAGAUGUUGGAUAUUCUAGUUCAAGAAGAAAAUGAGCGGGAAUCAGGGGAGACAGGACCAUGUAUGGAAUAUCUGCUACAUCACAAGAUUUUGGAGACACUCUACACACUAGGAAAAGCUGAUUGUCCUCCAGGAAUGAAGCAGCAAGUUUUGGCUUUUUAUACAAAACUUCUUGGAAGAAUACGGCAGCCUCUGCUUCCCCACAUAAAUGUACAUAGGCCAGUGCAGAAAUUAAUUAGGCUAUGUGGUGAAGUUCUGGCAACACCAACAGAAAAUGAAGAAAUUCAGUUUCUCUGUAUAGUGUGUGCAAAGCUGAAACAGGAUCCAUACUUGGUCAACUUCUUCCUUGAAGUCAUGCAGGAUCCUGUUUUGCACCUUUACAGGAGGCAGAAUAAGUUAAAAGCAAUGGCUUCCAAAGGAUCAGCAAGUGUAAUCACAGAAGACAUGCUAAAAGGCCAGGAGUCUUUGGCAACAGACACGGGACAGCCUGUUCAGUCUGAAGAAACCCCCAGUGCUGCUGGAGCAGAGCAAAUGGAGAAGGAAGAUGACCUCCUACAGCAGGCAGAUGAUCUAUCUUUCAGUCUGGAUGAACUAAAUGUCACAUCAUCACCUGAGUCCUCCACUGUUGGUCCAAAGCAAGACUAUAAUUUAGUGAAUUCUCUACUAAACCUCACUAAAAGUCCUGAUGGCCGGAUUGCAGUGAAGGCCUGUGAAGGCCUCAUGCUCUUGGUGAGUUUGCCAGAACCAGCAGCUGCCAAGUGCCUGUCUCAGAGCACUUGUUUAUGUGAACUGUUGACAGACAGGCUGGCCACCCUCUACAAAGCCUUGCCUCAGUCACUGGAUCCUUUAGACAUUGAAACAGUGGAGGCAAUUAACUGGGGUUUGGAUUCCUAUAGCCACAAAGAAGAUGCAUCUGCUUUUCCAGGGAAAAGAGCGUUGAUUUCUUUUCUUUCAUGGUUUGACUACUGUGAUCAACUCAUCAAAGAAGCACAAAAGACUACUGCUGUUGCUAUGGCAAAAGCUGUGCGGGAACGAUUUUUCAUUGAUGUUAUGGAACCCCAGCUGAUGCAAACUUCAGAGAUCGGAAUCCUGACAUCAACUGCACUGUUGCAUCGCAUUGUGCGCCAAGUGACUUCAGAUGUCCUGCUGCAGGAGGUAGUUUAUUUUAUCCUGGGUGAGCACAGAGAGCCAGAGACUUUGGCAGACAUCAACAGACACCCGUUGCGACACAGGUUGAUCGAACACUGUGAUCACAUUUGUGAUGAGAUCAGCAUCAUGACUUUACGAAUGUUUGAGCACCUUUUGCAGAAGCCCAAUGAGCACAUCCUUUAUAAUUUGGUUCUGAGAAAUUUAGAAGAAAGAAACUACAUAGAAUACAAGCCUCUCUGUCAAGAAGAUAAAGAUGUGGUAGAGAAUGGACAAAUUGCAGGGGCAGUAGACCUAGAGGAAGAUCCAUUAUUUACUGAUCUGUCUCCAGAUAACACGUUAUCAGCUCAAGAGUGGCUUAGUGCUUCUCCACCUGUCAGUCCAGAUCAUUCAAAAAAUGAUGGGAAGACUGAAGUUCAUAAAAUUGUAAAUAGUUUUCUCUGUCUUGUACCUGAUGAAGCUAAGUCAUCAUACCAUGUGGAGGGUACAGGUUAUGACACUUACCUCAGAGAUGCCCACAGACAAUUCCGGGAUUAUUGUGUCAUCUGUUUACGGUGGGAGUGGCCUGGAUCUCCCAGAUCUUUGGAAAAGUGCAAUUUAGAAGCAUCGUUUUUUGAAGGACACUUCUUGAGAGUCCUCUUUGAAAGAAUGGGCAGGAUUCUUGAUCAGCCCUAUGAUGUAAAUUUACAAGUUACGUCAGUGUUGUCCAAACUGUCCUUGUUUCCCCAUCCUCAUAUACACGAAUACCUUUUGGAUCCUUAUGUAAACCUGGCUUCUGGCUGCAGGUCUCUCUUCUCUGUCAUUGUCAGGGUCGUUGGGGACCUCAUGGUUAGAAUCCAGCGCAUCCCAGAUUUCACUCCCAAACUUCUGCUGGUCAGAAAACGCCUACUGGGAUUGGAGCCGGAAGGGCCCAUCAUUGACCACAUGACGUUACUAGAGGGCGUGAUUGUGCUGGAAGAAUUCUGCAAAGAGCUGGCAGCGAUUGCUUUUGUGAAGUAUCAUGCCUCAUCUACACCAUAAGCAGCCUUGAUGAGUUGCCAGGGUGUAAAACCACCUUGCUUGUCUCAGUCUAGAAGACUAUUGACAACACCCAGAUAGUAAGAGGUGGUGCCUUCUGGCAAAGUGUCAGUUGACAUUUGGCAGAAUUGGAAGUUGUUACUUUCACCAGAUGUUGACAUGGCAAGAGAGGGGGAUUUAAAUGGAUCUAGAACGUGAUUAAAGGCGUCUGGGUAAAAACCAAUACAUAGCAUUUCUAGCCACUGUGUGAAGAGCAAAAGCUGAAUGAAGAACCACAGACAUCAGACCUUGGUUAUUCUGUUAUAAUGACAGUGUUUAGAGAGUUGGGUCUUUUGUAUGUUCUGGGGCUCGCCAGUUUUUUUGUUUUGUGACCAUAUUACUUUCAAAAAGCAAAUUAAUAUUACAGCAUUUUUAUGUCUUAAUUCUUUUUCUUUUCAGUUGGAUAUAUGAAAGGAAAUCACAACUAUGGUUGCAAUGUAUAUUAUUAAAAAACAGAGGUUCAAAAAAUUCACUAAUCCAUAUACAGUAAGAUCUGUUAAUAAGGGAUCAUUUUUGUUUGAAUCUAAAAGACAACUCUGAACUUGAUUCCCCCGUAGAUUAUUUCAAGAGAUAUAUCAGUAUAAAAUCAAUACUAAUGGAAUUAAUCCUGAUUCAGCAACACAUCCAUAACAAAUAUAUCCAAAGCAUACAUGAUUCUAGCAUGUUUGUCUCUUGUCAUUCCAAGUGAUAGCUCUUUAGGUCAUCUGCAUAACUAGAUUUCCUUUAAAUUUUUUGCAUGUGAACUUCAGUUUAUUGACUCGUGUCACCUUUGCAGGCAAGUUAAUUAUAGGUCAUUAGUAGUUGUUGCUGAAACUGUAUUUUUAAUUUCAUAAUACAUAAUAAUUCUUUUAUGUUGGUAUGUAGCCUGAAUUGGUUUAAGACUCUUGUGCCUUGAAAAUUGGCAGCAUAAACUUUCUGUCAUUUUUAGAAAUGCCCAGCAAAAGAUUAACUGAUACCAAUUCAGUUAAAGCAUUGAUACCAUAUAUAUAUAGGACCAAAAUUUAAGCCUGCUUUUCAUCAUGCUGGGAUGCAGAAAUGUCUCUCAGCGAGUCUUUUCCAAUGUAAAUAGUAUAGCUUUGGAAGUGGAGGGCCAUCCCAUGUGGACUUCUCUGGGUCAAUGCCAGCCUGCCCUUGGGACAGCUCUUGCUGCUCAGUGCCACACCUGCACUGGCAGGUGCAGGUGGCUGGGCUUUAACCCUCCAGUCACACUGAGGGACUUGGGGAGGGACCUCCCCUGCUCUCCCCACCAGUGUGGCAUACCUCUUUCUGCCCCUGUGAACCUAACAAGGUAGAGUUUAGCUCCUUGUGUUUACAUUGUAUUUCUUUGUUUCUUCGUCCUCCUAUCCUAUUUGCACAGCUAAUGCCCAUUUCAAAUGUCAUGCUCAUAUGCAAAUAUGGACUAAUUUACUCAAGUCACUAAAAUUUUUCUGGAUUUACAUGCCUGUACCUAGAAUCAGAGUCUGCUCUGAAUCAUGCCUUUGAGGUCUUGGUUUUUUAAUAUUUAUGACACCUGGAUGUUGAGAGGCCUUUUAAGUUAGCAGGUUAAUUAGAACAGUGUCACAGUUAAUGGGCUAAAUUUAUUCUUGUUGCAACAGUGAAGAGGGUCCUGCUGUAAAAGCUUCCAAUACAGGUUCAGCUGGAGAGAGCAGUUGUGGAACUGGGGAAACAUCUUGGCAGGUAAAUCCUGUAUUCAGUGGCUCCCUAUACUGAAAAGCUUUUGUACAAAGCAUUUAGUAAUGUACAAAAUAUCUGGAACACAAAAGCGUGUUUUACUUCCUCACCUACCUGUUUCUUGCUGAAUUUAGCCCUGAAGUGUUUUCAGGUCAAAGCAGCAUAGGAGGAUAAAGGUUUUUUAAAGUAACACUUUUUUCAUUUUUGUCCUUUAGAAACAUACCUUGAAAAUAGCAAAUAAUUUUUAGGCUAUGUGUUAAUGUAACAUACCUGACACUUAGUUUAGCACAUGUCAGUGUCUAUGCAGAGUUAUAAAUAAGGUCCCAAUUCAGCAAAACAGUUGAAUAUAAGCUUCAUUUCAGGAGUUUUAUACUUAAAUCCCUAUCUCUUCCAUGAACAAAGUUAAGCUGUUGAGCACAAAUGCUCAUACUUUACUGAAUUUGAGUCUUCAUUGGUUUUGCUGGAGCUUAACUACUUAUUCCUCAAAUUUUCUAUUUUCAUUAUUUAUUUUUUUAAAGUGUAUGUUCCAGAAUAUUUCUAAUGUCCCAAUUUCAGUGUAAACUGGAAGUGAUCAUACUACUAUAAAUGAAAGUGAGGGAAAUGUUAAACAAAACUUGUAAGAGCAUUCCAAUUAAUAUACCAAUUUAUAAAGCCACUCGAGAUGCCUGAUCUCAAAUGAUAGCAUUAACAUCACCUCUGUUGUUGUUUUCACUGAUACUUGAGCUCAUUACAUUGUAAGGAAUUGUAUCAGUCAGCUUCUGGAAGGACUGUUGCAACUUCUGUAGCAUUUUAGUGCAAAACAGUCUGCUGAGCUGCAAACACAAUUCCUUCACGCUUGUCCAUGAGAAAAAUAAGCACCCUUAAAUUCAGGAUAUAGUUGUUUGGUCUCCAGCAAUAUUGGUGAUGUUCUUGCAAACCAAAUGUUAUUUAGUUGAUAAAUUUAGAAGACAUGGAUCCAUCCUGAUGGAAGUGAAGCAAUCCUUAACAUUGCUUAAAUCUAAACUGCUUUUUGUGAGUGUUGCCUAUAAACCCUUAAUUUUACCAGACAUGGUAACAACUACCUUUAUUUUUAUAAAAGUGAUUUAAUCUUUCUUAAAGAGAUGGAACUCAUUUAAUUAUUUUUGGUGAUGAUAUUUUCCAUGCACUUUUUUUUUUUUUUAAAAAAGGUUAGAAUUUAGUUCAAGUCCAUGUUUUCACCCUUCCAAUCUAUGCAUGUCAUUGAGGUGCCCAUUUUGUUUCUGUGUGUGUGUUUGUAUGUGGUUAUUUAUUACCCAGAGAUGGACACCUGAGAAAAUAUAUGGCCUGAAGUUCACAGCCUAUGAAGAUCCUCCAGAUAUCUGGGGAGUGCAAGUGAUCGUUACCUUAGAAAAUACAGCCACUAAAAUUAGGUUGAAAUACUUGAGAGGUAAUACUAGAAUAAUUUUUUUAUUUCAAAAAGCAGAUCCAAACCACAUUUUAAUCCUGAUGCACAUGUGUGUAAAUAGACACAUUUUUACUUUUUUUUUUUUUUUUUCCAUUUAUAGUAUGUAUUUGAUUUAGACUCAGAUAUAGAAACAUUUGUAAUAAGCCAUGUGCUAGCUCUGGUAGAACAGGUUUGUCCUUAGUUUCUCAUAUGUCUGUAAUAUUCCUUGUAUUCAGAUCCUGUCUGUGUAAUGUUCUUACUAUGUAUUUGUUUGUGCAAUAUAAAAGCUGUGAUUUGAUACACAGCUUGAGUCUGGUUGUACAUCACCUAUGUGUGUGUGUAUAUAUAUAUAUACACAUAUAUAUAAAAAAAAGGACCAGAAUCCCAAGCUCGCUUACACUAUAAUUAGUGUAAAGAUGGUCACACUUAAUUUUACAGGGCAUGAGUAAUCAUGGAAUGGCUUUCUAAAUGCAUGGCAAUUUCUACCAUAACCUGUUCUAUAAUUUCAGAAAUGGCAUUUUACUAGUCCUAUUUGCCUUCUUUAAAGAAAUCCUAAAUGGAAGUGUCAGGUAAAAUCGAAGGAUUGUGUAGUAGACUUGGAGCUACCUGCAAAAUCCAUAUCUGACAUGGUGUAUCCCACAGGGUUUUAAAACCAUGAUCCUCAAUGCCUUCUGUGCCCUGUAAAAUAGUGUAGCUAUAUAAAAUAUAUACUCUUUGUUUUGCCUCCUGCCUUGUUUACAUUAAACAGAGGAUAUUCAGUAAAUUUUUUUCUAUUAAACUUUGUGUAGGUCACUUACUGACAGUGUUGCCAAGGUUUCACAGGUGUGGGAUUUCCAUUGAGGAACUGUUGAAACAGCCACAUUACCAGACAUACAAUAUUAAGUUUUAUGAAGGAGGUUGUGAUAAAUUCCAAUUUUUUUUGCUAAAAAAUGCAUGGAGGAUUAAAAGGGAUAUUCUCAAAAUAAAUUAAUUUCAAUGAA